AUGGAGGGGUUCGGGGGAGCCCCCAGGUUCCUGGCCUACCCGCGUGCCUUCACAGUGCGAAGCGGCACUGACGCGGUCCUGAGCUGCCAGAUCACAGGUGACCCCCGGCCGAGCAUCCUGUGGGAGAAGGACAAGACCCCAAUCGAGCCCUCGGGCCGCUUCCAUGUGGAGGCCAAGGGGGACCUGUACAGCCUGCUGGUGUCCCGUGCCACCCCUCAGGACAGCGGGCUCUACGUCUGCAAGGCCAAGAACAGCGUUGGCGCGACCUACGCUGCUGCUACACUCAAGGUGGAGGCAGGGGAGCCCCAAGAGGAGGAGGGAUGCUCGGGCGGUGAGGCGCCUGCCUUCCUCGUUGCCCCCUCGUCCACACGGGUGUGCCGGGGGGAAGACGUGAUGUUCACCUGCAGGGUGUCCGGGCAGCCCUGCCCGGUGCUGGAAUGGGAGAAGGAUGGGCACAAGCUCUCUGACAUCUUCGAGAGCAGCCACUUCGCUGUGGGGCAGGAGCCGGAGGACUGGCACUUCCUGAAGCUGUUCAGUGCCCGGCCCCCGGACGGGGGGGUGUACGUGUGCCGGGCACGUAGUGGCUCACGGGAAGCCCUGGCUGCUGCCGUGCUCCUGGUCGAACCCCAGGUGCUGCCGGACGGGCUCCCCAAUGGCUCUCCUGCUGAUGGCCCCGAGCCACCGGCGGAGCGGCAGCAGCGGCGGCGGCGGCACGCAGAGGGACGUCGCGCGGGACCAGAGACCUGGAUGCCCAAUGGUGUGGUGCCGGCCGGGGUGCCGAGGGCCAAGGCGUUCGCCGUGAGCGUGGGGAAGCACGCCAAGUUUCGCUGCUACGUUACCGGCAAGCCCAAGCCAGAGAUCGUCUGGCAGAAGGACGGUGAGCCCCUCGCCCCUGGCCGCAGGCACCUCAUCUACGAGGACCGGGAGGGCUACUUCAUCCUCAAGGUGCUGUACUGCAAACCCCAGGACCAGGGGCUGUAUGUCUGCACUGCGUCCAACACUGCCGGCCAGACCCUCAGUGCAGUGCAGCUCCAGGUGAAAGAGCACCGGCUGCGGUUCCAGGUGCAGCUGACAGACGUGGAGGUGGCAGAGCGGGAGGACGCCGUGCUGGAGUGCCAGGUGCCGCUGGAGACCAUCCCCACAGCCUGGUACCUGGAGGACAGGGAGCUGCAGCCCAGCCACAAGUAUGUGAUGGAGGAGCAAGGCGUGGUGCGGCGCCUGACCAUCCGCGACGCCCGCACCGACGACGAUGGCAUCUACCUCUGCCAGAUGAAGGACAAGGGGCGCAGCAUCGCCGAGGUCUCCGUCCGAGGGGUGAUCGCAAAGCGGCUGCCGCGGAAGCUGGACGUGAUGGAGGGGGAGAACGCUGUUUUCUGUGUGGAGACGCAGGAGGUGGUGGAGGGGACCUGCUGGAGCCGGGACGGGCUGCAGCUGCGAGAGUCACCCCACAUCGUGCUGAAGAGCUUCGGCAGGACGCACCUCCUGGUGCUGGUGCACGUCACCCGCCAGGAUGCGGGCAUCAUCUCCUUUGCUGUCGGGGAGUCACAGACGUCCUCCCAGCUCCGGGUCAAGUGUGUGAAGCGUGACCCCCCGAGCGCGCCGGUGGCAGCCGAGAUGAGCGUGGCGGAGAGCAACGCGGCCCUGCUGACCUGGUGCCCCGCGCCCGAUGCCCACCUCCGCCCCCCCAGCCGCUACCUGCUGGAGCGGCGAGAGGCUGCGGGGGGCGAGUGGGUGCAGUGCCUCGCCACCGACCUGCCCGGCCACGUGCGGGUGCUGGGUGACAGUGUGCCCCGUGAGGCCGACUACUGCUUCCGCAUCUGCGCCGCCAACGAGCACGGCAGGAGCAGCCCCGUGGAGUUCCCCGGCUCCGUGCAUCUCGCCCCAGCAGCUCGCCUGGAGAGGGGUCUGCAGGAUGCACGGGUGCGGGAUGGUGAGGACGCGCGGUUCUCCCUGGAGCUGUCGGCUGCGGUGCACGGCACCUGGAUCCUCAACGGUGCCAGGCUGGGCGAGGAGGAGGAGGAGGGGGUGGGUGGCCGGUGCAGCGUGCAGCGCCAUGGGACGGAGCACUCGCUGCUGAUCCGGGGAGUGCGGCUGGCCGACAGCGGGGCCCAGGUCACCUUCGUGUCCGGUGGCGUGCGGGACUCGGCCAUGCUGCACGUGCAAGCUCCUCAGGUCUGCAUUGCCCCGGUGCCCGAGGCCGAGCGCCUCCGGGAAGUGCCGGAGGGGCUGCCCGUACUGCUGGAGUGCCAGGUGUCCCCCCCGGGUGCCUCCAUCUGCUGGCUGAAGGAUGGCGAGGCCGUGCCCCCAGACGAUGUUAUUGCACUGCAGGCGGAGGGCUGCGUGCGGAGGCUGCUCCUCCGCUCGGCUGGUCCCUCGGACACCGGCGUGUACACCUGUGAUGCUGGGGAUGAUGCUGUGAGCUUUGUGGUGACCGUGACCGAGGCACCGGUGAGGAUCGUCAGCUCUAACGAGGAAGCCCCCCAUGCCUACGCGGCCGGGCAGCGCGUGGAGCUGUGGUGCCAGCUGUCCCGCCCAGUGGCCCCGGUGCGCUGGUACAAGGACGGGGAGGAGGUGGAGGCGGGCGAGAACCUGGUGCUGGAGCAGGAGGGGCCGUGGCGCCGGCUGGUGCUGCCCUGUGCCCGGCCGCAGGACGCGGGGGAGUUCGUCUGCGAUGCCGGAGGGGACUCCGUCUUCUACACCGUCACUGUGGCAGAGGCACCGGUGAGGAUCGUCAGCUCUAACGAGGAAGCCCCCCAUGCCUACGCGGCCGGGCAGCGCGUGGAGCUGUGGUGCCAGCUGUCCCGCCCGGCGGCCCCGGUGCGCUGGUACAAGGACGGGGAGGAGGUGGAGGCGGGCGAGAACCUGGUGCUGGAGCAGGAGGGGCCGUGGCGCCGGCUGGUGCUGCCCUGUGCCCGGCCGCAGGACGCGGGGGAGUUCGUCUGCGAUGCCGGAGGGGACUCCGUCUUCUACACCGUCACUGUGGCAGAGCCACCAGUGAGGAUCCUGCACCCUCUGCAGCGCUCACUGGAGCUGCCGGUGCAGGCACCAGGGCGCGUGGAGCUGCGGUGCGAGCUCUCUGUGCCAGAGGCUCCCGUACGCUGGUUCAAGGACGGGCUGGAGGUUGACGAGACCGACAACCUGCUGCUGCUGGCGGAGGGGGCCUGGCGCUGCCUCCUUAUCCCCCAGAGCAGCGCAGAGGACACAGGCGAGUACAUCUGCGAGAGCAAGGAUGAGGCCGUCUCCUUUGACGUCAAGGUGUCAGAGCCGCCGGUGCGGAUCCUGCAGCCCCGCAGACCUCUUCCUGUCGUGACGGUGUCCCCAGGGGAGACGGUGGCGCUGGGCUGUGAGCUGUCCCGUGCGGAUGCGCCUGUGCACUGGGCCAAGGAUGGUGUCAGGCUGGAGGCUGGGGGCAGCCUGGUCCUGGAGGAGGAGGGUGCCCACCGCCGCCUGCUCAUCCCCGCGGCCCGAGCUGAGCACUCCGGAAAAUACAUCUGCGAUGCCGCCGAUGACACGGUGACCUUCACUGUCCAAGUGUUGGACCCGCUGGUCAGGAUCCUGGAGAGGGACGUCCUGCCGACCCGCCGGCAUUGCUGGGCCAUGGAGGACCUGGUGCUGGAGGUGCACCUCUCGCACGCCCACGGGGAGGUGAAGUGGUACAAGGACGGGGAGAAGCUGCAGGACACGGGGCGUGUGCGCCUGGAAGAGGAUGGGGCACGCCGCUCCCUCGUCAUCCUGGGCGCCACGGGCAGGGACGCAGGGGAGUAUCUCUGCGACACCGGCGAUGACAGCAUCGUCUUCUUCGUCACCGUGGAAGUCCCAGAGCCACCGGUGACCAUCGUGGGCAGCAUGGGCGCUGCGGAGCAUCAAUACUUGGUGGCCGGGGAGGACCUGGUGCUGGCUUAUGAGCUCUCCCAUCCCGACACCACUGUGCGCUGGCUCCGGGAUGGCCAGGAGGUGCAGCCGGGUGAGCGGGUGCAGGUGGAGGCCAGUGGGGUGCUGCGGCAGCUCACCGUCCGUGGAGUGCAGCCCAGCGACUCGGGGUGCUACGUCUGCGAUGCCGCCAGCGACCGCGUGGUGAUGAAUGUGGAGGUGUUGGCCCAGCCCGUGCGCGUUGUCAACAAGGAGGAAGCACAGAGCCCGCUGGAGGUGCUGGAAGGGGACAGCGUGACGCUGGUGGCCCGGCUGUCCCCGGAGACGGCAGCCGUGCAGUGGCAGAAGGAUGGACAGACGCUGCGCUCGGGCGGGCGGCUGCUGGUGUGCAGCGAGGGCCCCGUGCGCAGCCUCACCAUCAAGCAAGCGGAGCUGGGUGACGGCGGCAUCUUCCUCUGCGAUGCUGGUGACGAUGAGGUGCAUUUCACGCUGCACGUGAAAGAGGCGCCCGUGCUGUUCGUGAACAAGCAGGAGGAGCGGGAGAAGCUGCUGGUGCUGGAGGGUGGCAGCGCCGUGCUGUCCGCCGUCGCCUCCACGGAGCGAGCCGAUGUCACCUGGCUGGGCCCGCGGCAGGCGGCGGUGGCCGGCGAGCGCUGCGAGCUGCGGCGGGACGGCCGUGUGCACAGCCUCGUCCUCUGCAACGUGGCCAAGGAGGAUGCCGGCGUCUACCCCUGCCUCUCCCCCCACGACCAGAUGCAGUUCGACGUGAGCGUCCGAGAGCUGCGGGUGAAGUUCCUGCGCGGGCUGUCGGACGUGCGUGCGCGGCAGGGCGAGCGGGCGGUGCUGUGGUGCGAGCUCUGCAAGGCGCGGGGCGAUGUGGUGUGGCGGAAGGACGGGCGGGUGCUGGUGCCCGGCCCCCGCCUGCAGAUGAUGGCGGAGGGGCGAGAGCGCUCGCUGGUGCUGAGCCGCGUGGAGCCUGAGGACGCCGGCGAGUACUGCUGCGAGUCCAACGAUGACAAGACGCUGGCGAUGCUGACGGUGAAGGUCCCCAGGGUGGUGGAGAUCAUCACUGAGCUGCAGAGCCUGACGGUGCUGGAGGGGGAGGAUGCCACCUUCAAGUGCCUGGUGUCCCCCGAGGAUGUGGCUGUGACCUGGCAGCUGAAUGGCCAGCCCGUGGUCCCUGGCAAGCGGCUGCGGGUGACAAGGAGCGGGCUGUGCCACAGCCUUACCCUCCAGCAGUGCCAGCUGGGCGACGCGGGCACCGUGACGGCCAACGCCGAAGGGCUGGUGAGCACGGCCCGGCUGAGCGUGCAAGAGGCGCAGGUGCUGUUUGUGCGGAAGCUGCGGGACGUGGUGGCGGAGGAGCAGGGGGACGUGUGCCUGGAGGUGGAGGUGAGCCACGAGGCCGCCGAGGUGCAGUGGCUGAAGCAGGGCGUCCUCCUCCAGCCGGGCAGCAAGUACCAGCUGCAGGAGUCGGGGUGCCGGCGCACCCUCACCAUCCACUGCCUCGGCCCUGGCGACCGCGGCACCUACCGCUGUGAGAGCCUGCACGACCGCACUCAGGCCAAACUCUGUGUGGAGCCCCGGAAGGUGUCGAUCCGGACACCGCUGGCAGAUGUGGAGACCUUUGAGAAGGAGACGGCCACCUUCCACCUGGAGCUGUCUCACCCCGGCGUGCCCGGGGUCUGGACGCGGGAUGGCAUCCGGGUGAAGCCCAGCAGCACAUGCCGGAUCAGCGCCAUGGGCUGCGGGCACAGCCUGACGCUGGAGGGGCUGACACUGGAGGACUCAGGCACCGUCACCUUCACCGCUGACAACCUGCGCUGCAGUGCCCGCCUGCUUGUGCGGGAGCCUCCAGUCACUAUGGUGAGGGUCCCGCGGGACCUGGGGGUUCCGGAGACGGGGGUCGCCACCUUUGAGUGCGAGCUGUCUCGCCCCAGUGCGGAGGUGAAGUGGUUCAAGGACGGGCAGGAGCUGCGGCCGGGGCCCAACUGCCGCAUCUACUCCGCGGGUCGGCGCCGCGUCCUGCAGCUGAGCCGCUGCGAGCUGGCCGACGCCGGCAUCUACACCUGCGACGCGGACGACUGCCGGGCCUCCGCCACGCUGCACGUCCAGGAGCGCCAGGUCCGCAUCGUGCAGGACCUGCAGGAUGCCCAGGUGCGGGAGGGUGACAACGCCGUCUUCACCUGUGAGGCAUCGCACGGGGACGUGAAGGGCGAGUGGUUCCGGGACGGGGAGAAAAUCAAGGUCUCCAGCACGGUGAAGAUACGGCAAGAAGGGACCCGGCAUUUCUUGCUGCUCUGCGGCGUGCGCCCUGAGGACGCGGGACUCAUUCGCUUCGAAGCCGGGAUGGCUGUCUCAGAGGCCAGCCUGCAGGUGGAAGCACUGCCCAUCCGGAUCGUGAAGCCGCUGCGGGACAAGACAGUGCUGGCGCGGCACAAGGCGACACUGGAGUGCACCGUGUCCCACGCCCGGGGCCGGGUGCGCUGGCUCCGCGGGGACACCGAGAUCUUUGCCGGUGACAAGUACGAGAUCUGCAAUCUGGACUGCUACCGCACGCUCAUCAUCCACCGCGUGGGCCCCGAGGACGAGGACUCAUACACCUGUGACGCCUUCGAUGACCGCUCCACUGCUCGGCUCCUCGUGGAGGGUGAGGGGGCACCCUGA